CUGCGGGGAGCUCAGGCGCGGCGGCGGCUCCGGCAGGUGGAGGCCGCAGGGCGGCGGUGCGGCGCGGUGGUUGCGGGGCACGGACGGACGCUCUGUCAGGCCGGGGGAGGGCCCGGCGAGCGGCCGCGGGCUGGAUGGAGCUCAUCGCUGCCAGGAGCUCCCGCAGUGGCCCAGGACUCAGACCUGAGAGCCGCAGGGAGGGCUCUGGAGAUCUUCCUGGGAGAAAGGCCCUUAGCUGAGCCUGGAAGUAGCAGGAAGUGGGGACCCAAGCAGGGACACCCCAGGAGCAAAGAGGAGGGCGAGCAGGCUGCAGCAGCGCCUCCAGUAGAGCAGGAGCUCUCAGAGGGCAGGGGGUUGGCCAGCCCCCUCUGCGCCCUGCCCCAGCCCCUGCCUGAGUUGCAUCCCGGACCAGCUGCUGUCCACCUCCCCACUCCCAGUCUGCCCUCUCGCCUCCAGCCAUGGCGCCCCUGCUCGCCCUGUUCCUGGUGGCCCUGGUGGGCCUACCUCUGGCCCAGGCUCUGGACUGCCACGUGUGUGCCUACAACGGGGAGAACUGCUUCAACCCCAUGCGCUGCCCGGCCAUGGUCACCUACUGCAUGACCACACGCACUUACUACACCCCAACCAGGAUGAAGGUGAGCAAGUCGUGUGUGCCCAGCUGCUUCGAGACUGUGUACGAUGGCUACUCCAAGCAUGCGUCCACCACCUCCUGCUGCCAGUACGACCUCUGUAAUGGCGCCGGCCUUGCCGUACUGGGGACCCCGGCCCUGGCCCCCAUACUCCUGGUCACCCUCUGGGGUCUGCUCUAAAGCCCCCCUCCCAGCCCCAUUCAGGGACAAGGCUCUGAGAAGCACAGCCCCCCGCCUUGCCCCCCCGCCCCACACACCCCACGUACCCUGUGCUCUCCCUGAGACCCCAUCAGUCACCCCCAGGACUGUCUGCAAGAGGACUCUUGACCUCCCCCAACCACCAUGGGGCCUGGCUCCGAGGUGAAGACCUUUCCUUUUCAAGGCUGGUGGGGACUGACCUCCCAGAGGUGGCUGGCGUUGGUGGGAGAGCUCAGCCCCUCCUCUGUCCAAGGAUGAGGGCGUCUGGCAAAGUGUGCUGUCUGUGGGCGGUCCUCCGUCAGCCAAGACACACUGAUUUGAAGGGAGACGUGCCCCACCUUCCUGGCAGCCCUGGGGUCAGGUGAGGGCCAUGUGAGAAAGGCCUUUGUCCCCGUCAGCUGUCCUAGGGAGGAGUGCCAGGCCCAUGUGUCCAGGCAGUGCUUAGCAGCCGGGCGGGUGGCUCGCCUAAAGAGGCCUUGCAGCCCUUCCAGCACCAGAGUCGGUUCUGGGUCUGGCGAGGGGUCCUUCUCUUCUUGCUCAGUCAAACCCUUGACCUACCCCAUUCCCCACCCGGGCGAUGGUCUGUGCGCAGGGCCUGGGACUGGCAGGCACGGGGGCGGGACGGGCAGGUCAAGUUAUAUUUGGUCGGACGACUGCUGACCCAAGAGCUAUUUUGGGGCGAGAGGGAAGGGAGCUGCGCGGUGGGCCGCCCGAGGCCUGGUCUGCAGCCCCAGCAGGCCCGGCGGGGCGCGCCCUUUAUGGAGCAGGGCAAACUGCGGCCCGGCGCCGGAGGGCGUUCGCCCACCUGAGUCGGGCAGCCCUGGGGACCGGCGGGCGGGACCGUAACCUCGGGACGGAGCGGGGCGCCCUCUUGCGGACCGUGCGGCGCUCGGCAGGGGCGGGCGGGGCCCGCGGGAGGGGAGGGGACGGGGAAGAGGAGGUGAGGUCCCAUAAAGGAGGGGGAGGGGAGGCGAGGUCCCAGGAAGGAGGGGGAAGAGGAGGUGGGGUGCCAAAAAGGAGGGGGAGGGGAAGCGGGGUCCGGGGAAGGGGGGAGGAGGGCCGCGCUCCCGCCGGUCGUCGCCCAGGGUUCGGUCUGCACCCUCGCGCCGGAUGACAUCUGUCCAGGCCGGGCGGCAGCAGGAUCCCGGCGGAAAGAGUGCGCGGUGAGCCGGCCUUGGCUCCGAAGGUCUCCGCGGGCCUCCAACUCCCUGACUGCCCGCAAGGAGAGAGCAGGAACUCCGCACCAGCUCAAGCGCUCCCGCCUUGACUCUGGGAGUGGCCCUCAGGUGCCCCCAAUGCGGCUGGGCGUUGGUACCCCCAGGGACCCAAGAAUCGUUGGUCUUUAAACGUCCCCCACCCUAGGUGAGCCCCAUCCCUGGACAGGCUGGGAAGCAGGGUCUACCCAGCACCGGCCAUCCUUGAGAGAGGGGCCCAGGGAACCCCGGCCCUCCCUCCAGUGAGGCUCGGCAGGGUGUGCAACAUCCCUGUGCCCGGGGUCACACUGAGGCCUCCUCACCUGGCCAGUGCCCACAGCCUUGGUGUCUGUGGAGGGUCUGAGGACCCCCCUCAAGCUGGCCCGACCCAAGUGGGCAGGAUGGUGGCAAAUCCCCAUGUGGUGGGAUUGCUCUUGGAACCCAGAAGCCCUUGGCCGCAAAGCCUGGCCCUUGUCAGGGGAGCCUGUGCUGGAAAUUCCAUCUUGAGAGCUUUUCUCCAAGAUGACAUGGGAGCUCAAGGAGUCAGGACAUCCUGGGGGAGCCGGGGCAGAGGUCCUCAGGCAGACUUGGGUUGGACUCCCCAGAGGGUCUGGGAGCAUCGGCCUCACCCCAGGCCAAGAGACAGGAAGAAGAUGAACCCUAAGGAGUGGCUAGUUGAGUUUCAACCCAGACAGCAGACCAGGACCAGAAUGUCUCUGCCCCUGAGGCCCAAUCAAGUGUGAGCCCUUGGGGGAGGCUGGGAGGAAGUCAGAACCCACCCCUGAGCUCCCACACCCGCAGGACCCCCAGGAGCAGUCAGCCUCAGAGAAGUGACCAACCCCCAUCCCCACCGAGAGCUGGCUGCAGGGCCCCUGGAGACCUCUGACUCUGGCUAGGAGGAAAGGCAGCCAUGGGCUCUGACCUCCUGACUCAGUGGGAGAGGCCUGGGAAGCAGUCAUUACUCACUUGGGCAAGCCCUUUGUCCUGGGUCAGGUGGUGUCCUGGGGCAGAGCUGGAAGGAGCCACAGGAUCGGUCCUCCCUUGCCGCUCCCCUGCCCCAGUGGGUGAUGGAGCAGAGCCCUGCCUGGCCGCCUGUGGGCUGGUGUCACUGAGAGCAGGGAUCCAGCAGGAGCUGGGCGAGCUGCGGUGUGGGGGAGCUUACAGCUGCCUCCUGCAUUGAUCUGUCCUUCCUUCCUCCACCCUCACCUGGUCCGAGCCCAACACCCAUCACACUGCCCCCAGUCCCGGGGACCCUGCUGCCCCCCACCGCCAUCCCACAGACAGGGUUCUGCUGCCCUUGGAACCCAGCAGGGAGCACAGAGAAGGCUCUCAACUAAGGCUGGGCUGGGCCCCCUAGUGGGAAGGGUGUGGCACUGCAGAACAAAGGGGACUCAAUGGACGUCAAACCGGGAAAUUUGUGCAGACAGUGUCGAAGGGGAUAGAAACGACCAUCUGUCCACUUUCCCUGUGGUCAUGGUUCUGAGCACUCCACAACAGCCCUGCAAGGUAGGCGAGGAGCCAUGAUCAAGCCCCUUUGACAGAUGAGGAAACUGAGGCACAGAGAGGUGAAUUGGUUGUCUCCUGGCCCACCAACCACACCCCCUGCAGUGUCUUCUCCCACCAGCUGAGAGGCUCUGCACCUCCAAGCCUGGGAAGGGGAAGCCAGGAAGGUGGGUUUAUAAACGUAGAAGAAUCUUAGCGUGUUAAAUAAUUAUGAGGGCUUAGGGUCAGGAAAGCUUAGAAGGAGAAAAUUGGAACCAGAGGUUUGGGAAGCCACGAGGGCCAGAGCCAGGGCGUCCGGAGCCAGGGCGUCUGGUGCCGCGUCUGGGUGCCGGGCCGUGGGUGGAACAGCAGAGGGAGGAGGGCAGAGGGACACCAGGCACCCUGGGCGUGUCCCCCCGUCAGGACUGUGGGUCCUAGACUGCUGCCAAGGCAGUGGGUGUUCCCACUUCGGGGAUCUCUCCAACAGAAAUGAGGGCCUCGUCAAUAUCGAUAGAUGCUCGGGUUCUUCCUGUGGCUCUCUGUGGCCUCUCAAAUCUGGCAGCUGUCUGAAUGUCACUCAGGAGCGGCUGCUUACUCUGCCGUGGCAAUACCUCCUAUCAUAUAUUCCCCUUGGAAUACAACUGGGCAGGAGCUGGAGCUGCAGGCCUUGCCCUGGAGACACUGUUGGGUUGGCAUCUGCAGCAGGAAGCGCACACCAGCACAGAGUGUCCGGUCUGGCCAGGUUGCCUGAAGGUAUCAGGAGGGUGUCAGCGCAGAGCCGUGGCCCUGCUGCCGGAUGCGGGAAGGGGAGGCUGGCCCGCUACUCUUCAUGUCCCUGUAGCGUCUGAUUUGCUGUGAGGAACACAUGCUUUGUUCAUAGUUCCACAGCUCUGAAAGAGGGGGAAAGCGAUGCAGAUGCCCCUUCCUUUUUCAUGCCCCCCUGCAGCGAGUUUUGUUGGAUGCUACCCCUCAGGGGGGCCAGGAGGUCGUCAUUCACAUCUCUGAGCCUCAGCAGUGUUGUUGAUAAAAUGGGGGUGAUCAUUCCCACCGAGCUGGGACCUCGUGGGAAUGAACGAGGCUGUGGAUGUGAGUGCCCAGCCCUGGGCCUGGCACACAGGAGGCCCCAGACGGAUGGAUGGACAGAAGGACGGAUGGAUGGAUGGAUGGUGCCCUUGCCCUUCUAUCCCACUUCCGAGGUCCAGGCACUUCCCAAGACCAUGCCCUUGCCAGCAGCUAAUGCCAACCCCAAGCCCUGACCCUGACCUGCAUGGGAAUCUGCCUUCAGGCCAGAGCACCUCCCCUGCUCACACUGCACUCCCAAGGACCUGUCAGUGCUCCUCGAGCAAGUGAAUAAAUGGAUGAAUAAA